AUGAAUUUCUCGAAGAUUAAUGAAACAAGACGAAUUCAGUUUAAUAUCGAUUUAGGACUUGGGCAGGUAAUUGGAAGGGCUAGUGAUAAAGAUUCGGAGAGAAUUGCAAAGAAGUGGAAUUUGUUCUUUCAUGAGAAAAGUCUCAGUAAGCAUCAUGCGAUGUUGUAUGUGAAAAGGUUUAGGUCGGAAUUAGCGGAGGGGGAGGAUAAGGGGGAUAAUUUGUACGACAAUAUUAGAAUCUAUGUGGAGGAUUUGGGUAGUACCCAUGGGAUUGUUGAUUUACAGAGUUAUGGACAAGGAGUAAGUAAAGUUAUUGAUUUGAAGAAUGGAGAACGGUUUGGGAUGGUCUAUAUGCAGAAGCCUAUAACAUGCUUGCAGAGUCGCGGGGCUCGGUUAAAGUUCCAGGUAAACGUAAGCCCCUUGCAUGGGUCAAUUUGGGAAUUAGUUUUAAAAGAUGUGACGUACGAUGACUCGCCAUGUGUGACAAAGGGAAAUGCAGUGGAAGUGGCGGAAAAGUCGCCUACUCCGUACCCGGUGGAGUCGUGUUCGGAUUGGAACUGCAGUGAGGACUGGUAUGAUGAUGACAUGUGUGAUAUGGUGGAUAACUCCGAGAGCACUGAAUAUGCUCCAUAUUGUGAUGGAAGUUCUCUAUCCAAGUCAAACUAUGUUGAUCUACUACUUGAUGAGGGUGACAACAGCGAUGAUGAACAUGAAAGAAAUGGAGAGGAACUUGGGCAUGAGCAUGAACAUGAACAUGAGCAUGAAGUUGGCGAAGCUAAAGAUGGCAAUAAAUCUGAUACAUGUGAUAGUACUGGUCGUGGUUUAGACCAAACGGUGCAAAUUAUGAAUGAAUACCUGGAUUAUGGUGAUAUUCGUUCGGUUGAAAGAGAUGGCUCAGAAACUGUAGAUCUACUUCUGGGUAACCAUGAAAAUCCUGAAGCAUAUAUUCGUUCCGAUGUUACCCCUGUACUUCAGAAUGGUUCUACAAAACUCUGGAGUAGAAGGUCUAUAUUUUUUGGUAGUGUCUUAGGGUUUGUUGUUGGGUUUAUCGUAGGCGCGGCCAAUUUGGAGUAA